GCAUCGGUUAUGCAUCCAUUGUGAUCGUGUCCCUCCUGAACGUGUAUUACAUCGUCAUCCUGGCAUGGGCAGUCUACUACCUAUUUGAUUCAUUUCAGAAAGAGCUCCCCUGGUCCCUCUGCCAUCAGAAGUGGAACACCCCGUAUUGUUUGGAAGACUACCUGAGAAAGAACAGAACGUUAAUGGCCCUCAAUGUCACAAACUACACCUCACCUGUCAUCGAAUAUUGGGAGCGAAAAGUGUUGAGCCUGUCCAAGGGAAUUGAUCAGGUUGGCUCUCUGAAGUGGGACCUGGCCCUCUGCCUCCUCUUGGUCUGGACAAUUUGUUUCUUCUGCAUUUGGAAAGGAAUCAAAUCAACCGGGAAAGUUGUAUACUUCACAGCCACAUUCCCCUUCCUCAUGCUUUUCGUGCUGUUAUUACGUGGAGUCACCCUGCCUGGAGCUGCCUCUGGCAUCAAAUUUUAUCUGUAUCCUGAUGCCUCCCGUUUGGUAGAUCCACAGGUCUGGAUUGAUGCCGGGACCCAAAUCUUCUUUUCCUAUGCUAUCUGCUUGGGGGCAAUGGUCUCGCUGGGAAGCUAUAAUGCCUACAAAUACAACUGCUACAGGGACUGUAUGCUGCUGGGAUGCCUGAACAGUGGUACCAGUUUUGUGUCUGGCUUCGCAAUUUUUUCCGUCCUGGGCUUCAUGGCACACGAACAAGGGGUGGACAUUGCAGAUGUGGCCGAGUCAGGUCCAGGCUUGGCUUUCAUCGCCUACCCGAAAGCUGUAUCGCUGAUGCCUCUGCCCACGUUUUGGGCCAUUCUUUUUUUUAUUAUGCUUCUGUUGCUUGGACUGGAUAGCCAGUUUGUUGAAGUUGAAGGACUGAUCACAUCAUUGGUUGAUCUGUACCCAUCCUUCCUAAGGAAGGGUUACCGACGGGAAAUCUUCAUUGCUUUAGUGUGUAUCCUUAGCUACUUUCUGGGCCUUACUAUGGUGACUGAAGGUGGCAUGUAUGUGUUUCAACUCUUUGACUACUAUGCAGCUAGCGGUGUAUGCCUCUUGUGGGUUGCAUUCUUUGAAUGUAUUGCUAUUUCCUGGGUAUUUGGUGCUGAUCGUCUUUACGAUCGCAUUGAGGAGAUGAUUGGAUAUAGACCUAGCCCCUGGAUGAAAUGGAGCUGGUGUGCCAUCACACCCAUUCUUUGUGUUGGAUGCUUCAUCUUCUCUUUGGUUGAACAUACACCACUGACCUACAACAAAGAGUAUGUCUACCCUGAAUGGGCCAUUGGCCUAGGCUGGUGCUUGGCCCUCUCUUCCAUGUUAUGCAUCCCCUUAAUGGUGGUUAUUCGGAUUGCCCAGUCAAGUGGAUCACUCAUUGAGAGGUUAAAGGCAGCAACUGUCCCCAAGCAUGUACAUCGGUGGCACCAUGAGCCUGAGGGGUCCACACCGUUCUGUUCCAGAGACAACUCGAAUGGCGACCUCGUGAAACCCACCCAUAUCAUUGUGGAGACCAUGAUGUGAGCUCUCUCUGUGAGAGGAGAAACCUGCUUUAACUGCCGUUUACUAACCUUAGAUUCUCAUAGUACCAGGUUUACAGAGCUUUAUAUUUGCACUAGGAUUGGAUUUUUUUUUGUUUUUUUUUUCCUUGUUUGUUUUUUCAUUCUCACAGAGAAAGUUAUUUUUCAUGUGUGCGCACGUGUGUGUGUGUUGUAUUUUUUUUAAAGACUAUUUUAUAAAGUAACCACAUGCAGAUGUCUCCAAGGAGACUGAGCUUUCAUAUCAAAUUAGAUGUAUUACAGGAAUUUAUUAAUUUUUUUUAUACCUAGCUAUGAUUAUACACCUUUACCACUUGAAUUGAUCUUCUUGCCAGCAAUAUAUUCAGUUUCUAAAGCAAUCUCCAGGUGCUGGUGUGGAUGGGUCAUGCACAAGAGCUCUAGGGUAAACUUUGUCCCAAAGAGCAAAAAGAAAUGCUAUUCUGAGCAUUUCAAAGGUGUAGUACCUUUUGAAUGUGGUUCAGGGAAGAACAAAAAUGACAGGUGGAGAGGACCUAGGCAGCCCACCAUGUUGGCCACUGUUGGCCAAGGCCACAUUGGCCAAGGCCACAUCAGAAAGAGUGAAGGAGGCAUUGGGAGUGAAGCCAAUAAAAGGUUGGAUGUUGGAGCUUCAUUACCCUUGUAUUUGUAGCUGAGGAGAGAGAGGCUCACACACACAAAAUAUGACUAAGUGUGAAACAGGAGACCUCCAACUCCCACAAAAUCAACAAAGGAAAUGAACUUGUCUUGGAGUUCGCAGCAGAAAUACUAUCACUGAAGACUUUCUAAGAGUAAUAAGAGCCUCAGUUUCAGGUAAUUCUUUUUGAAUAAAGUCAAAAAAGGAAUCAUAACCUAGACUUUUGGAAAUUUUAAUUAAUAAAAAAUGUGCCCUAUAGUCUCAAAGAAUUGAAUUGAAUACAAUAAUCAUGCUUUAAAAUUAGAAACCAUUAAAGGCAUUGUAGCCCUCUGAUAUUUACUGUAACUCACCAGUAGCAAAGAUUUUCCCCCAACUUGAGUUUUGCUUAGACGCCAUUUUGCUAAAUUGGCUCCUGCUUCCGUCCCAAUAGUUAGACUCCCUAGCCUUCCUGGCUAGGCUAGGGAUAAAGGAUGGCAAGUUGUGGGGAUUAGGACUCUUGGUGGGCUUCUGUUGCAAUUGUCAGGCUGACCCAUUUAUAAUUUUGGGGCCAUUCUAGGAUUGCUCAUCCAUAUUCAGCGUUGACCUUCAAAUGAUUGGCUUUCUUCUAGUGUGCUCAGGUUUCAGGAAGCCCUAAGGAAGAGGAGGGGUGAUCUUUGCUGAAUUAUUAGGAACCACCUUGCCUCUUGAAGGGUUUUGUCUCAGCUACAGGGUCCAUUAUCUGCUUCCAUGCCAUCACAUUUUUUGUUAGUGGUGGUUUUUUUAAAUUUGUUUUUACGUUUUUUUUUUUUUUAAUGGAAACAUACCUGGUUCUUGACAUUCCUAAAAAAUCACAAAUCUCUAACCCACCAUUAUGGUGUGGCUUUCCUAAACCAAACCAUGUAUUUGAUGAGUUACAUAGAUACAGGGAUGAAGGAGGAGAGUGCAAGUGGACCAAAGAAAGUAUGAGAUGUAUUUGGGACCUGCCUUGAAUUGGGGAGUUCUGAGUGGAACUUGAGGAUAUGACAGUCACUAAAAACCAGUGUGCUGUUACUCUUUCUAGCCUUUCCCAGUCUUAUCUUGUCACUAUCCUCUUUCCACCUCCAAGUAUUUGUUUAAAAGAUAUAGAAGCCUCCCAGCUGAGUCUGUAACUAAGUCUUCUUGGAGUUAGGAGAAGGGGCAGGCAGCGGCCUUAUGCCCCAGAAAUUAGUGAGACUUAGGUGGAGUCACUUCCUUACCACCUCACUGUUUGGAUUGUCCAUUGAAAACCCACCCAAAUCCAGCCAUAACCAAAUAGGGAGAUAGCAAUGUGUUGUGUGACUCAGUCUUCUAAGCAGCCAGUGCUAAAUGAAUCUUUUCUGAGAAGUAGCUUCCUGGUUUGCCUGUAUCCCUGACCCUACCCAGUCCCAGAGAAAAGGGGGAUUUCCAUGUCAUGGGAAUAAUCAUGGUCCAUUUCACAGCUACAGGAUAGGACUUGGGAGCAGGUGUCCAGCCUAAAUUCUCAUCCAAAAAUGAAAGUCCUUGGCAGCCUUAGGUAGACGCCACAGUAGCAAAACGCUAAUUUUUAUGAUGCUAGAUGUGUUGUUUAGACAAACACUACAUAGCAACAGACAGUGGAUGGAAGGAAGUAGGAGAGGGGGAAAGGGAAGAACUGAAGGGUGGGAGAAUGAAAAAAAAGUUGAUGUAUUAAGAUUUUUAGUGGGGCCAAUAUCCCCAAGACAAUAUUUCCCCAACCCCCUACAGGGUGAAUAAUUAUGCUCCACUAUGAACCAGAGGAGAUGGUACUACACCUUUAAAAUCACCACUAAGGAGACACCAGCCCCAUUUCUAACUUGAACUGUGCCAUUCAAAUCAAUUGCUUCCAAGUUCAGAGUAUAUUACCAAAAAAAAAAAAUUCUUAAGUGUCACACACAUAUGCAAUGACCUCAUUGUAUGAAGUGAAGUGUAUGAAGUGAAGUGUUUUUGUUUUUGUUUCUGUUUUCCUGGGAUAAGGUACUCUGGCCCUGGUAGUAGAGUUCGGCCUGGCUUAGAGACAAGGCUGGAUUCUCAGAAAGCAGGAUCUCACUAAGAAAACCUGCCCUCCAUCCCUGACUCCAGAUGCAGAGAGCUGUUUGGAGCAUGUCCUGAUGCAGGGGUGCUCGAGGCAGGAGGGCAGUGCUUUUCAAAUACUUUUAUCUGUUCUAAAUGUAACGCAUUAAAAAUUCACCUGCCCCCCAAAAUGAUAUUCUGCCAAAUGUAACUUAUAAUCCAAACUCUUUAACAAUUCUACUAUGUUUAUAUUUUUCUGGGUAUUUAUGAUUGUAAAUGUAUCCCCUUCUCCCCACACCCCAGUUUCCUUUGUAGAAAUGUAACCUAUUUGUUGUAUGGAACUUUAGUGAACUUAACCAUUCAUCAUGAUUGGGGAUGGGUGAAUCAACUGCAAAAAAUACCCCUUCUGCUAUCCCCUUUCACCCCCAAGCCAGAGCCGAACCUGGCAAGUUACUACUUUCGAUCAUCCUGGUCAGGAAGUAGAAACAUGGAGUGAAAAAUGGCGGUGUUCUGAGCCCUUCCUAAAUUCAUACAUUCUGCGACUGGCUUGAGGAAGGUCUCAUCUUUCAAGAUCCUCAGGCCAGCCAUUUUUCUAGACCAAAGAUUUCUAGACAAAGCUCUCAGCCGUCAACUAGAAGGUUGGCUACUCCCACUGAUGACAUUUUCGGAAGCAUUGGUGUUUCACCCAUCAUCAAACAUAAUCUCUCUUAUGACUAUUCUGUCUGUAUAGAACAUGACUCCAUGGAUAGUAUGUGUAAUAAUGGUCAACUUUUAUAUAUUCAUUUAUCUAUAUAAAUCAAACUUUUAAUUAGCAUUUUGAUGAGUCUGGUCCUACUCUGUCUAAGUAUGUGAGAUGCAGGCCAUCUGGAUAUCGAGGGGCCCAGAUGUGGUUGAAACACCAUUUUUCAUGGAACACAAGUCAAAGGAAUGCACUGCCUUCACCAUUUUUCCUCCCUAGGGAGAUGUCUCAGGUUGUGAGAUCUUGAAGGGCAGGAAGAGAAUAAUUGGUGGGGAGAGAGAAAAAAAAAAGAAACCUUUGGAAAUCAAAGGACAGUCCCUGGGAUAAAUCUUAGCUGGAAUGAACUUGAUCAAAUGAGAUGAGUAGCUUUUUCUUCAGAAAGGGUCCAAAGAUUCAUAGAAUGUUCCAGCUGUGAGGGACUUUGAAAAUGAUCUGGUCCAAGCCCUCAUUCUGCAGAUGAGAGAACUGAGGUUCGGAGAUGGGAAGUGACUUGCCCAAUGUCCUACAUCAAGUUAGUUCUAGACUCAGGCCUAGAACUUGGGUCUCCUGUCUCCUAUUUCCUAGUUCAGGGCUUUUUUUCCCCCACCACUCUACCUCUGUCCCCAUGGUAAUGAUGCUUGGUCUUGAUCUGAAAUCAAAACUCCUAUGGAACAGCACAACUCUCCUAUCUCAUUAGUAUUGCUUAUCACCAAAUGCUAUUCAAAACUGGAUAGAGAUGAAUUGAAUUAGUUGAAAAAAUUGUAGGUAAAUGUCUUUUAAAAUCUUUGGAAGGGCUCUUAAGAACACAGAACAUUAAAGCUAAAAGGGACCUGAGAACAUAAAAUGUUAGUGCUAGAAGGAGUGUUAGAACAGAGAACAUUAGAGCUAGAAGGAACCUUAGAACAGAGAAUAUUCAUAUAGAGAAGAUUAGAACUGAAAAAAAAAAACCCUUUAGAUCUUAUAAUGCCAGAGCUGAAUGUGACGUCAGAGAACAUCUUUAUGGAAGAGAUUUAUAAAGGAGGAAGGCAGGCAGAACUCCUGACUACAUCUAUAAUACUUUAAUAAUUACUAGUACUCCUAAAAAUCAGAAGUUAUGUCCCUCUUCCUCACAUUUCCUUCUUUGACAUUUAGAGUGAGGCAAAGACAGUGAAAUCCCGCCCAGCUCACAGAAUAGACUUCUCAUCCACCAAGAUGAGAUGUCUGUCAAGAUGGGAGUUGAAUUAAGUGGACUAUUUCUUAUUUUAUGGAGAGGGUGGCAAGCAGAGGGGGAAGAAGUUUGCUUCUGAUUGGCUGAGGAGCCUGGCAAACCCCAGAGAUGGUAGUGUAGUAUACCUAUUAGGAGAGGUAAGCCUUCGAGAACUGUCAGUAGAUUCUGAUCUAAUGUUGGGGAUCUACCGAUUCUAGAGGUUCCCUCCAGCUUGGCAAGUGUUGUGAUGGUUUCUUCUUGAAUCUGGGAUCUAUUAUUCCACUUUUACUCUAUGGCUACUCAUUCACUUCCACAAAUCCUUCCAGUCAUUGUAACUAAAGUGCCCAGGUAAUUAAUCAUCUUUUGAAAAAAUUGGAGUAAGCAGCAUACUCGACUAAGAUCCAAAUAACAGCCCCAGUGACAAGAAAAAAACAAGGAAGGUUAAAAUAAUAAUAACUUUCAAAAAGCCUGACAAAGAUUUGAAGAAAAGGUUGGCAUUUGAGGGUGAUGACUGAAAAGUUGAGAGGUUGGCUCUCCUUCAGCCUUUCCCUUUUAUUUGUUUUGAUAUGAGGUGCUGAUUAUAAUCUACCCAGCUCUAUAUGUGUGGACCUGUCCAUCAUUCAAAUUCAUUGCCCGCUAGAAAAAGCUGUACAACUGCCAGAUUUCUCUGCAGACUCUAGGAUCACUUCUCUGAUGUUCUAUGUGGCUUUGUUUGAUGGGACCCCUUCCCAUGCUUUCUUUACCCCUUCUUGAACUCUGCUCCUUCCUUCUCCCAUUGGACUCCAGCCUCAGGCUCCCUAUUUUGCCCCACAGCCUCCCCACCCCUAGUGAUCCCUUCACCCUCAGCUCCUACAUAUCCCUUACCCUUCUUAAGGCAACAAAUCUAAACUGGCAAGUUGUAUUGCUCUGAGCAUUCUCUUCAGUGCUAGUGGGUCUAUGCCCACCUACCUUUGCCCUCAAGGCUCUCUUUUUCGUCUCUGUGUUUUUAAGAUGUCAUGGACCCAUUAAGGGUCAUGGAAGACAGAAUGGGAACACAGAGGCAGAGCUUUUGAAACAAACCCCAACCAGCAUCUCCAGGUGUACCUUUAAUUGUGAGCAAGGAAAAGCCCACCUAGUAAGGAUUAAAAUACUUUCUCCACUGGACAUUCAUCAUUUAGCAAGGAUCAGACUCAGGACAGAGAAGGCCCCCCAGAGUGGGGACCCAAGGCACAAAGCAAGCAUGAAAUUAAACUGACUUAGAUCUCUUAGCAUGUGACCAGGUUUUAGGAAAUCUCAACUUUGGAAUCAGAUUCUGUGUGGGUGUUGUAAAUAAUUUUGUGUCUGACAAAAAGUAAAAAAAAUAAAAACAGAAAGAAAAAAUGGAUUAAAAAUAUUCAAAUCUUGGAGGAUUUGGGGGCCAAUCAGAGACAGAGAAUGGAGGGCCCUGAGGGCAGAAAACUACAAGAGACCCCAAAAGGUGACUUUCCUGGGUGCUGGAGUCAGCCAGGCCAAGUCCUCCCUGGAAAGCAUGUUUCAAUUGGAAGCUGUUCUUCAUUGUUGCAUUGUGAAUGUUACCACCGAUGCUUCCAGAGUUUUGCGACAUCAGAUGUGACAUCUCGUCUAUGUAUUUGGCUUUUAAAAAAAAUGUGGGUUCCUUUAAAAAAAAUCAUAGCAACUGUGACUAUAUGAUUAGCACAUUGGAAAGUGGGGAUCUUCCUAUUUCCUCCUUUCAAAUGCAAAUCUGUCGGGAUAAUCUGAACUUUUUUAAAACUUUAAAGAUAUUUUUAAGACAUUUUCAGCUUUUUUUAAAUUAAAAAAUAUCCACAAGAGACUGUUCCGAACAGGAAUAUUUGUAUUUGAACAAGAUUUUCGGCAUGUAAUUCAGUCUUGCAGUAUACAAGCUUUGUGUAUAAACGUUUGAUGAUAUGAAUCUCUGUUUGUACUUGGCAGGUUUUUUUCUGUUUUGCUUUUUAGAUAAUAUGUAUAUCAAUAUUUUUAAGUCAUCUUUGCUUUUGUUUUUUUUAGAGAAGUUUGUAAUCACCUUAUAACAGAUAAAAAUAAACCUUUCCUUUAUAAAUCCAA